GGCGCGUAAAGUCGAUUUUUAAAAAUCGAGUUUGGACAUUGCAAUCCAGCCAAUGGCCAGGCGCCGGCUGCCUGCAAUUGUGCGAUUUGAAUUUUCAGACAUUUCCAAAUGAUUGAAAUGCAGAGUGAUGAUAGCCAAACAACCAAAUGCACAGAAAAUAGUAUUGGUGUGCGAGAGGGGGUGAGGUUUUACGUGACAGUGUCUGUUUGCAACCUCUUUUAUUUCCCUUGGCAAUUAUUGCUUAUUGCUCAGGCAGUGGCUGCUCGCUUGUGUGUGUAUUUUGAGUGCUUUUUUCGUAUAUUUUUUGUCUCAGGCCGCAUUGUUUGCCUUUUCCCGCAAAUAAACAAGCACCACUCUUCCUUUACUUCAUUAUGUGCCUUGGCCAGAGCGCGUAUGCUUGCGUGCCUAAAUCUCUUUUUAUUCUGGUGCUUGCUUAAAGGCUGUUUUCCCUCCUUUUUUACUGAUAUGCGACAGACACGCUCUGAUAUUGCAGUGAUACUAAAAUAAAUUAAGCAGAAAAACCCGUGCCUUCUGUCCUGCUUCUCGCCCUGCUUCUGCUGUCAAAAGGCCAUCCACCUCUGCAAAUGGAAAUCGCCAAAAUAAACUGGAAAAAGGGUGGGCAUGUGCGCGCUAAGUGCCGCCUGCUCACGCGUGCAAAUAAAAAAGGCGCGAUUAAUUCAAUACUCUUCUAUUAUUAUUAUUAUUAUUAUUAUUAUUAUUAUUGUUCUCUGCUUUGCUUUGCUCUCUUUGGCACACUGCAAAACAAAAUAAUUAUUUCAUUUAGCG